UGUUGCCGCCAAAAUUGCUAGCUAGCGUCGUUUCUGAUUUUUUAACAUAAAGUUUGCACUGUUUGCAGGUUUUGAUUGGAUUUGAAUUGAAUAAUUUAAUUAUUUGUCGUUCGUAUCUGUGUCUGUAGUGUAGUGUUAAUAGGACAGACUGGAUGAAAUAGUUUUAUUUUAAGUAGUACUUUUAUAGUUUUUGUAAUAGUUAUAGGCUAGGUUAGCCUACCGGUAGGCUUACUGCUAGGAUUCGUUUUCAAAGUUUUAAAUAUAUUAAUCUGAAAGGAAACAAGAGACAGAGAAAAAAUGACUAGCACUGAACAACAAACGAAGAGCACUAUAACUCUUAAAGGCUCUGUAGAAUUAGUAAUUGACUAUUUAAAUUAUGGGAUCAAUAGUAUUCUAUUCCAAAGAGGCAUUUACCCUCCAGAGAGUUUUACAACUGAGGAGCAUUUUGGUUUGUCAAUUUUGGUUUCAACUGAUGAAAAAAUCAUAGGUUUCCUCCAGAGUGUUUUGGGACAGAUUAAAGAUUGGCUUUUAAAUGAACAAGUAAACAAAAUGUCCCUUAUAAUCGCUAACGUAAUUACAAAGGAAGUUUUGGAGCGGUGGGAUUUCAAGCUUGAAUAUGAAAAGCCUGAGGGGGAAGCUUCAGGAAAAGGUGACCAUGUUGGAAAGAAAGACUUGAAAGUGAUCCAGAAAGAAAUCAGAGAUGUUCUCAGACAGAUUUGCUCAACUGUCAGUUUUCUCCCCCUUCUAGAUUGUCCUUGUUCCUUUGACCUGCUCAUCUAUACAAAGAAGGAUUGCCAAGUUCCUAACGAAUGGGACGAGACUCAGCCUGUCUUCAUUGCCAACUCACAAGAGCUUCAGAUGCGCUCCUUCUCCACUUCCCUUCAUAAAAUGCAUACAAUCGUCAGUUAUAAGGUUGAGUAGCAUUUUCAACUUCAGCAAAAAAAGACUCUCGGUGCUUUUGGAGCUUGAUUCCUUCUUUCAAAGAACUUAGUAAUAAUGUGUAAAUUGCAGUCUACUGUUUUGUACUUUUUCUAUUUAUUAAUAUUUCGUUAUAAAAGUGGUCAACAUAAGUUAGGUUGUUUGUUCAUGUUGAACACAGUUGGGUUCAUGGCAUGAAUAUGUUGGAGGUGAAGAUGACUCAUGGAAACUAUGCUUGAAAUAAGGCAAUUAAGUAUUAAUCUAUACAAACACUCAGGAACCUGAAGUAGCUAGACAUGAAGGGGCUUCAUGACUUCUGUUUUUGUAAACAAACUCUGGAAAUAAUGUGCUUAGAUUAAGCGAGGCGUACGUUCAACCAGAAUUAGGCGGAGUUCUAUUUUAUACUAAGCAGUUACUAAAAAAUACCUCAAGAGUUUAAGCCUUAAAAUAAAAUGAACAAAAUGAUUAGUCUGAUUUUAAUUAGACAUUGUUGAUAGUCAAUAGAAUUAAAGUGUACAAUAUUAGAAUAUUAUUUAUCAUGUUGUCUCCACUUCUUUAAUGACAUUUAUUAAUUGUCUUUUAUGAAUUUUUUAUACCUUUCCUAA